AUGCCAGAAGAAAAACAUUCAUUAAGUUAUCCAAUCGAAAAUGUUCCUGUUUUUAAACGUGAUCACGAUGAUCACGUUGAAGGUGAUGGUCACAAUGAUCACGAUGAUAAACAUGGUUCAACCGGUUAUGGAGGUUCUUCUGCCGCUUCUUUGUCCAUUCAAUGGUCUUUGAUGGCUGUUGCCGCGACAUUUCUUACAACUUUAAUUGGAUUCUGA